AUGGAAGACGUUCUUCGAGAAGAGAUAGAACUCAUUCAAUCAAGUUUGUUACCCACUGAGACUCUCACAAGAGGAUUGGGGGGCUUCUUCGUUCGCAGCACCACGAGCGAAUUAUCCAUCCAUGUCAAUUUGUGUGAUUAUCCCAAGACUGUGAAUGUUGAGGUGAAAGGGGAGAAGGAUGGGAGGGAGGAAUCUGAGAUGUGGAGGGGUUGGGUGAGGGAGAGAAUGAAGGAAUGGGAUAUGACACAAGAAGAAGACGUGGAAGAAUGGGUGAGGGAAGUCAAAAGUUGGAAUUGGCUGGCUUUGCGUGUGAGAGUAAGUGUGGAGCCUAUCCCUGUAUCACCCGGUGACUCCAAUGCGGACCAGGAGGAAAGCCCGCAAUUGCAAAGAGACCUAGAAGACGAGCAGGAGAAUCUGUCAUCGAAUAACCGGGGGGAUGCUAUACAGGAAACGCAGAGACUCAAGGGAGCGAAAGAUGGAGCGAGGGGAGGGAAGGGAAGAGGAGAAUGGACAGAGGUAGAGAAGAUUGGGGACGCUAUAGAAUGGAUGAGAGUGAGAGGAAGGGAGAAGAUGUUAUGGGACGUCGGGAAAGAAGGAGUGACGACGACCACAGGCGGCCCGAUGGAAUCGCACACAGGCCAGACGCACGACCAACUGUACGCAUGGGCUAUUGCGAAUUUACGUCAGUAUCCAUCCAGGCGACCUUUCAAACAGUACACCGAGAACCUGGCGGCUCAAAAUCUUCAAAGGUUACAUCUAUCGCCUGACCAGCACCUUCAACUGCUUGCAGACCUCGAAGAUCCGUUCAUCGCAUUCCGACAAGAUGCCGAACGUAUCGUACCCCAACACAUGAGAGAUAAAGUGUGGCAAGCACCCCCUCAGGUGAGUAGAGAAGCGAAGGAGCUCGUUGUGAAAGGAUUCAAGCUAUGGAAGAGUAUCGAAGAGAUGGAUUUGGAGAGGAAGGUGUUGGAAUCGCCCGUGGUACCACCACAGCUAUCACCUUUUCGUCCAUUCUCCCCAUUUCUGACCAUGACCAGUGUCAAAGCUACGCCCACACCUAACCCCUCUCGACCACGUCCUGUACCUACCACAAUGAAACAAAUCAUCCGCGAUGGGCCAUAUCGUUGUGUCUACCCCUUAACUAUCACCCCUUUUCCUAUCGAGAGAGUGGACGAGAAUGAAGUCCUUGGUCUGCGCAUGACGAUCUCUCCUGAUGUGAGGGAGGAAGUGGUGAAUCUCAAGAGGCGCUGGACUGAACAGAUGAAGAAAGAAGUUAUGAGACCUAAGGAGGAGCUGCAUAAACGAUCGAUGUGGGACGUAUGGGCAAGAGAUGAUGACAUGGCUGUCAAAGCCUCAAUUCACAGACCGAUAUCCCCCCCUCUCUUCCCUUUUGGUUCCGUUCUUCAUAAUCAGAAAAAGGGACUAACGAAUUAUACGGCGCUUCUCAAGUCUGUCAAACUUGACAUUGUACCAAUCGACCCCACUCAUGUCGCAUCGGGAGAUGCCAUUCCUCGACCUACCAGUGUUCUGCAACAUAGUGGGAUGAUAGACAUGAAGGACGACCCCCUCUCUCUGUCACUACUAGAUAGUUUCGAUUGCCCGCCAUUCGAACCACUUACCCCGACCACAAAAGCUUCCAGACCAUCAGAUCGAUCGACUCGAGGUGGACCACAUGACGAGUUCAUAGUCUCACAUGACCAACAUAUUCGACAGCGGCUUGAGAUACAGGCGGAAAGGUGGCUGGGUCAUCGAACGGAACAGCUGUUACAGUCAUUCUGGCCGAACUCUUCAAUUCACCUCUCACACGAGUCUCCUUGGAACGGCUCACGCCAUUCCAAAAAUCCGAUUUUGAAUUCACUUUCAAUUCGGAAAUCCGAACCAGGCCCAUCAACUUAUGAUAUGAAGGUUGAUGGUGAACCUCUAUUUUACCCUGCCUCGUCCUCUUCCGGUCCCCAUUGGUUCGAUACAAUCCCUGUUGAGCCCCCGACUCCUCAGGCGCCAGAAGUCACCGAUCCGCCAGAGCCAUCUUCUCCGUCGUCAGACUUGCAGUGGAGAUCGCGUCCGUCUAGUAAAACAUCCCGGUACUUUCCCUCAACAAAUGCACCCAACAUCGUGCUUCGACCCAUAUCGACUUUACUUGUUUCCCGAUCUAAAACCACGAGACCCGAACGACAUGACACUACCAUUCCACUCGUACCUCCUCUUCGGACAUCGUCGAAUGACUCGACACUGGUAAGUCAGAUCAAAGAUGCUUCCAUGGGAAUUGUGACUACUGCAACAACCCGGUACAAGAGGAGUCGGACGGAGGAACUGGUCUCACGGGUACAACGUCGACGACUUAAUCAACGCAAGUUGCGCCCUAGGACAGAGGAGAUACUUGCUGAUGGCUACGACAUAGGCGAACCAUCUGAAGCUCGCCUCCCUACCACUUCUCGCACCAUCAUCCAGGACCACCCCCAAUCUCGUUACGCUCCUAUCAGCCCAUCUAAAUCUGUGGCGACUUCUCAACUCCAGACACCGCCCAAAUCCUUGAACCAAAGUCACAAACUGCAAAGUGCCGGCGGACGAAAGAUGAAGACAACGCACGUUGUAAAAGAGGUUCAACGCGACAAAUCAGACGACAGCUUACGGCAAUUGGUCAUGACAUGCGAUUCAAAAGCUCAAGGGGGUCGAAUGAGAACCGAAAUGGAUGAUCCCUGUUCGGAUCUCCUCACCUUAUCUGACCAUCUGACCCUGAUUGGUCGUCAUGAUCUCGUCGAAUUGCCUCGGCGCUCACCAUCCCCUAAGGUACAACCCACUCAAGUUUCCUCCAGUCCUGCUGUCAAAUCAAGAGCGUGGAAAAGAGAUCCCUCACUGCGCAAUCCUGCAUGGUACGAAAAAGUUGUCACUCAUCCUCAAAUCCUGAAACAGCCAUUGAAGGUACUGGCCAAUAUUGAAAUGUUCACUCACCGUCCUCUGACCCGUGCUCUCAAGUCAAGUCAAUUCCAAUUGAUCGAACGUGAUGGUCCUAUACAAGGUGCCGACCUCAUCCUGUCUCCUAUGACCGCUAUUAUCUUUCGUAAAUUGUCAAAUAUCGAUAAAGACCUACGAGGAUUGAUUAACAAUAUCAAUACUUGUAUAUUGAUGUAUCGACGUGUGAUAGUGAUAUUUGAAGUGAUCCCUUAUUCUCAUUCUCAAACCUAUGAUCCUGAUGAAGACAUACCUGAUCCUCUUACACCUUGUGUCAAGAAUACCUUACCGCAAUUGAAACGACGAUUAGCAGUUUUGGAGAUGGAAGAUUAUGUCAUUGGGAAACCUGAACUGGUUUUUGUGGAUGGAGGAGUUGGACAAGUGAUCAAUCUUUUGAGUCAUUUGGUAGAAGAAGAUAACGAAAGGUUGGAAGGAGAGGAGAUGGGGGAUAGGUCAUGGUUAGAGAAUGAUACCAAUGAAGAAGAAAACAUGUUGGUAGAAGAAUAUGGAAUCAACACGUACGCCGCUUUGUAUAUCCUUCAUCGGCUAGGAUCGUUGAAAGCGUUUCUAAAACUGGACGAAUCAAGUCGGUUGGAAGAGUUUGAAAAUGUACUAGGGCUUCAAGUACUGGAACGUUUUGAUAUCAUCGUACAAAGCCGACAUGGGGUACAACCGGGGGAUAAUACUCCUACUGUAGUAAAAUGA